UCUCUUGAAAGAAUUACAGAGUGUUACAACAUUUUUGAAACACCUGUCAAAUCAAAUGCUUAUACUUUAUAUGGACUCAGGACUCAACCAUUUGCAUAUAUGCAUCAUUCAUCAGAACUUGCUUCUGAACUCAAGUCACUAAGUCAGUUGCCUAAGGUUCUCAGCUGCAGUUCAAUUUUUUGAACGCUUAGUAGUCUCGAUGCAGGUUCUUCACAGUGCGGAAACUAUCUUUUUCUGCCUGACAUUAUUGCUUGCAGCGAUUUGCUGUCACGGAAAGAAUGAGAUGCUUAAGGUAGUUGGAUUCAUGAAACAUCCAGAUAUUGUAGAAGGGAGGAUCAAAACCAGCCAGACCUUCUCAGGUUUUCGUGUCACGAUUGGUUGCAGGUCUAAAGAUGGAACAAUUGAAACAAUGGGAUCUAGUGAAAUUACCAAAGAAGAAAAAUUCAGAGUAUAUCUUCCCCAUGAGGCUGUCAGGGAUGGAAGAAUCAGAAAAGAGUGUUAUGCACAAGUUCACAGUGCAGCAGAUACAUCAUGCCCUUUAAACGACAAUCAAGAGCCCUUUAAGAUAAUCUUCCAAUACAAAAGUGAAGAGAAAAAUACAAUUCGACACUCUGGAAAACUUACCUUUUCACCAGUAAGUUGCACUUCUAGUUACUUGUGGCCUUUCCAAAAACCAAAAGUAAUAAACAAUCUAUUAGCACAAGAGACUCCAGUUACACCAUCUUCUUCGCCUUCAGACGAACCUGUUUCAACACUUUCUCCUCCACAACCAGAAGACCUGCCUCCAGCUGUUAAUCCUGCAAAAAACAAUCCUCCAGCCUCAUCUAAGCACAAAUUGCCACUUGACACACCAGCAUCUGCUCCAGCAUUAAUUAGUACUCCUUCAAGUCCAAAAUCAAAACAGCCACCGUCAAAACAUAAAGACUUCUCACCGGCUCCAGCUUUAAGCUUUGACCCGCCAUCCCCGUUACCUGCUGAGUCAUCACCGUUAGGCCCAUCACCUGAUGGCAAUGUAGAUUUUUCAUCAGGUCCAUCUUCAGGUUUCGACACUCCUGCAGCAUCCCCAUUGCCAGAUGAACCAUUGCCAUUAGGCCCAUCACCCGAUGCCAACGAAGGCUUUUCUCCAGCUCCCAGUAUUGACACUCCAGCAUCCCCACUACCAGAUGAGCCUUCGCCUUUAGGCCCAUCAAACAAUGACAAUGUAGACUUGUCUCCAUCUCCAAGUCCCAGUUUUGACACUCCAGCAUCCCCCCUGCCCGAUGAGCCGUUGAGCCCAUCACCGUCUCCUUUGGCUGACAGUAUACCAUUUCCACCCAAUGUACCAAGUUUUACACAUGUACCAAGUUUUAGUAUACCAAAACCUCCACCAAUUCCAUCAGUCAACAAGCCAUCUCCACCUGCUUCAUAAAACUUAAGAGUAUACUAAAAGCCUAUUACCUCAUCACUAGUUAUUAUCUAUACAACAAACCCAGGCUUGUGGUCAGAGGCAGCUGCAACACAUGUUGGGGUCAUCUAGCAAGAAAUAAAUAAAUAAAUAAAUCAUAUAAUUACAUAUAAAUAAACAGCUGCAACACAUAUGUAUAUGACCUUACUUUCUCCUGCAGUUUUAUAAGUGACUAAAUCAUUUAUAAGAAUAUGUUAAUGUUCUUGGUAACUACACAAAAAUUUAAUUUUCGUUUUCUUUCUAUUAACUGCUAAUUUGUUCAACAUAUGGAGAAUUAAGAAAAAAAGGGUCUGAUGCAUUAAAGUUUGUGGAUGAGUUGCCAUGAUCUAAAAGGACUAUAAACAUGAGGGCGGAGGUGUUAUCAUUCAGUUAAAUAUCCAAACAAAAUUUCAAAUUUCUGAAAUUCUUAAAAUAAAAUCCAAAAGUAGCAAUGAAACUGAAGAAACCAGG